AUGCCCGCCAUGCCCACCAUGCCCACCCCUGCUCGUGUCACGAACAAGACAUGCCAUCCCAUCAACACACCCAGUGGCGCCAGUCAACCACACCGCUGGGUCUUGGAACCCCGGGAGCUGGAAGUCGAAGUCGAAAUCGAAGUCGAAGCCGAAGCCGAAGCCGAAGCCAAAACCGAAGCUCAGGUCCAACCAAGCCGGCGCGCCGGGUCAGGGCAGUUCUCUUUCUUUGAGGCUGAGCGGGCACGGUCGAUGCUAAAGCUGGCCGUCGUUAGACCCCAGUGCUUGCCCCUGGGUCCGUCACCAUCACCAUCAACCGUCGCCCUCACCAUCACCAGCCAGCCCAGACAGCUCAGCUCAGCUCAGCUCAGCCAGCACAUCCGAGCAACGACUAGACCAUAG